UACCCGACCGCCCCUCUAUGAUAAAUGCAACGCUCCUCCCAACGUUUGGCCAUUGAUGCUGCUGUGGGCUGGUCGAGGCCGGCGUGAUAUCUGCCCUUCGCGCGAGACACAGAUAUGCGAGUUCAUAUGUCCAAGGAAUGGACAAUUUGUCUGUCGCGUAGACAUAAAUUUAGCGUCCCCUUGGCGCCGCGAACGUCGUCGUCGCGUGUCUAGCUCUUCUCUGCGUUCAACUCUUCUAACACUGCCCUCUAGAGCUUUUCCAUUAUCAAGAAUCUAACUAUAUACUUGAGUACGUAUAGUCUGCUAUAGUCAGAUGACUUUAUGCUAAAACAUCUUGCCAUCUUGCGACCAGCGCCAUGAUCGCAUGCAUCCUUGGUAGAAUAACAUCUUUUAUUCUACAAGUUAGGCUUCUAAUCGGCAAGAAGGUGUUUGGUUCUCUAGGGCCGACCCUCGUCAAGAUUAGUCGAGACCGAGUCAUCAAAGGGCCUUGUCAAUUGGCAGAGCUGGAAGCUCUCAACUACGUCGCCAAAUCCACAUCCAUACCUGUACCAAAGGUUUACGCGACCUACGAUCAGCUUGAGGGACUUUACAUUGAAAUGGAAUACAUUAAGGGAACAAGUCUUGAAACCGCAUGGAUUGGUGGCGUUUUGUCCCCAGCUCAGAAAAAGGCUAUUGUCAAAGAGCUUGCUGGCUUCGUUGAACAGCUUCGACGGCUCAAACCACCACAUGAGGGAAUAGUGGCUUCAGCAGAACUCAGAGGUGUUCUCGACUAUCGGGUGGGAACCAGUCUCUUUGGGCCAUUUCAUGAUCAUGAAGAGUUCCAUUCUUUUCUUCGUGGGCAUAUUCCCUUAGAGAAUUGUUCACAGGUAUAUGGCGAAGCAGUUUCACGUUGUCAUUCUCGUCAAUAUCGAAGCUGCUUUUCCCACUCAGACCUCGUGCCGCGAAAUAUCAUUGUUCGCGAUGGCAAGAUCGUUGCGCUAGUUGAUUGGGCAUUCGCGGGUUGGUAUCCAGAGUAUUGGGAAUACACGAAAGCGCAUUAUGGACUCCUCAAUAUGCCUGACUGGUAUGAGGAACUUCGAAGUGUUGUAGCGAGGUAUGAUGAUGAACUGGCUGCAGAACGUGCUUUAUGGGAGCAGUUCAACGAACCGGGAAUGGCACAGCAAUGGGUCAACAACUUUGCGACCUCAAAGCGUGUAUAAUCGACCGUUGUUUAGGACACUUGUCUGUAUUAUAAUCCUGUACACUAAUUCAUUUCGUAAGAAUAGUCAGUCAUCGAUGUGGACUCCUGCCAAUGAUCC